UGUGGCAUCGGUUAGCCGAGCCCUCCACCUUCAGCGUGCCGGCCAGGGGCUUGUUAUAGAGAGGCAGAGAUGACAGCACACCUCCUCACCUCCGUCUUAUUACAUGACCUGACCCAAGGAUAACAAGUCCUUCAGCAGCACCGCCCGCGGCCCAGCACAACCGUACACCAGCAGUCCCAUCCCUGACCACCGGCUACAGGCAGGAUGGGAGACGGGACAUGGGUUUGCCUGAGCCCAGCCGAAUUUGCCCAGUUGCAGCAGUACAGCCAGUACUCCACUAAGAAGCUAAAAGAUGUGUUGGAGGAGUUUCACGGUGACGGAGUCCUCUCCAAAUACAACCCUGAGCAGAAGCAAGAUGUUCUCAAUCAACCCAUUGACUACGGGGGCUUCCAGCUCUUCAUGACCACCUACCUGGAGAACGACAUCCCUGAAGAGCUGUGUCAGCAUCUCUUCACCUCCUUCAAGAGCAAGACCGGAGGAGGCUGCUCCCCCGACGUGCCCCGUGCAGGAGCAGGCAUGCUGGAAGCUCGUUCCAUUGAUGCAGGCAUCUCUAUACAGACUGAAGUGGCCUGUGCCCCUAUUACAGGGAUAAAUGGGAAGAGCAUCCUGUCAGCCAUGGGCCGACACACACCGGAGCACUCCAGCGCAGUGAUCACGGCAGGCUCAGGGGCCACCACCUCCCCUUGCUCGUCCCGCUCCUCCUCGCAGCGUUCAGGGACAGGGGCCCACACACCGGCUGGGCCCCACUGCUCUCCCUGCACCCACGUCAAACCCUCAGAUGGUAGCAACAACACCCUCACCCCCAACGCGGGCCCUGCCAGGUCCCCGGUGUCCCCCCGCCUCUCACCAGAGAGGAAUCGGUCAGAGAAGCGCCUGUCGCUGCGUAGGAGCCCGUCGCCCCAGAAGGGCUCCUCUCUACCGUCGCCCCAGGUGGUCUUCUUGAAGGACAUCGUCUGCUACCUCUCCCUGCUGGAGAGGGGCACGCCAGAGGACAAGCUGGAGUUCAUGUUCCGGCUGUACGACACAGACGGCAACGGAUUGCUGGACAGUUCAGAACUGGAUCGUAUUAUAAAUCAGAUGGUUCACGUUGCAGAGUACCUGGAGUGGGACUCGACAGAACUGCGACCGAUUCUCAAGGAAAUGAUGGAGGAAAUAGACUUCGACCGAGAUGGGACAGUCACGCUGGAGGAGUGGAUCAGAGGAGGCCUCACCACCAUCCCUUUACUGGUCCUACUGGGCAUGGAGACAAAUGAGCAGGAAGACGGGCAGCAUGUGUGGCGACUAAAGCACUUCAACAAGCCGGCCUACUGUAACUACUGCCAUACCAUGCUGCUGGGAGUCCGCAAGCAGGGCCUCUGCUGCUCCUUAUGCAAGUACACAGUCCAUGAACGCUGUGUUUCCAAAGACAUUGCUCCCUGCAUCAGCACCUACGCCAAGUCCCGCAGACACACAAAUGCUAUGCAGCAUGUGUGGAUGGAGGGCAACUCUCCCACCAAGUGCGACCGCUGUCACAGAAGCAUCAAGUGUUACCAGGGCCUAACAGGCCUGCACUGUGUCUGGUGUCAGAUCACUCUCCAUAAUAAGUGUGUAUCAAAUGUGAAACCGGAGUGUGAUGGAGGAUCCCUGAGGGACCACACUCUGCUCCCCUCCUACAUAUGCCCAGUUGUGUUGGACCGUCAUUCGGUGGUGAAGCGUGGCGAGGGCGAGUCUCCACCCAGCACCAGCCCUGACGACCCAAAUCAAACUUUCAAGUUCACCGCCGGAGACGGGCAAGCACUACAAAUCACCCCUCUCCCAGGAACCCACCCUCUCUUGGUCCUGGUCAACCCAAAGAGUGGCGGGAGACAGGGGGAGCGGGUUCUGAGAAAGUUCAGGUAUUUGCUGAAUCCCAGACAGGUGUACACUUUGGAUCAAGGGGGACCAGUGGUGGGGCUAAACUUUUUCCAUGAUGUCCCUGAUUUCCGGGUGCUAGCAUGCGGAGGUGACGGCACCGUGGGCUGGAUCCUUGACUGCAUCGACAAGGCCAACUUUGCCAGGCAUCCUCCAGUGGCCAUCCUCCCUCUAGGCACCGGGAAUGACCUGGCACGCUGCCUUCGCUGGGGAGGAGGCUAUGAGGGUGGCAGCCUACUCAAGUUCCUGCGGGAUAUCGAGCAUAGCACGGAGGUGGUGCUGGAUCGCUGGAACAUAGAUAUCAUCCCUGACGACAAGGAGGAGAAAGGAGACCCUGUCCCUUACAGCAUCGUCAACAACUACUUCUCUAUAGGAGUGGAUGCCUCCAUUGCCCACCGCUUCCACCUGAUGCGGGAAAAGCACCCAGAGAAGUUCAACAGCAGAAUGAAGAACAAGCUGUGGUACUUUGAGUUUGGCACUACUGAGACCAUAUCUGCCACAUGCAAGAAGCUUAAUGAAUGCAUCGAGGUUGAGUGCGAUGGGAUCAUCUUGGACCUCAGCAACACCUCCUUGGAGGGCAUAGCUGUGCUCAACAUUCCCAGCAUGCACGGUGGCUCCAACCUGUGGGGCGAGACCAAGAAGAGGCGUAACUACAACCGCAUGAGCAAGAAAGUACCGGACAGGAUGCCUGCAAGCACCGUCACUGACGCUAAAGAGCUCAAGUUCUGCAUGCAGGACUUGAGUGACCAGUUGUUGGAGGUGGUUGGUCUGGAGGGGGCCAUAGAGAUGGGACAAAUCUACACAGGACUGAAGAGUGCCGGACGCAGACUGGCCCAGUGUGCCAGGGUUACCAUCAGGACAUCCAGACUGCUGCCCAUGCAGAUCGAUGGAGAGCCGUGGAUGCAGCCCCCCUGCACGGUCAGGAUCACACACAAGAACCAGGUACCAAUGUUACUGGGCCCUCCUCAGAAGACGCCGUUCUUUUUCUUCAAGAAACGCAACCGGAGCCGCGACUAG